AUGGCCUUCCUCUGGCUCGUCUCCUGCUUCGCCCUCUUGAGCACAGCCUUCGGGUGCGGGGUCCCCGCCAUCCACCCCGUGCUCAGCGGCCUGUCCAGGAUCGUCAAUGGCGAGGACGCCGUCCCUGGCUCCUGGCCCUGGCAGGUGUCCCUGCAGGUUUUCAAGAACCCCAAGUUCAACAUGCUGACCGUGCGCAACGACAUCACCCUGCUGAAGCUGGCCACCCCCGCCCGCUUCUCCGAGACCGUGUCCGCCGUGUGUCUGCCCAGCGAGGCCGACGACUUCCCCGCCGGCUCCCUGUGCGCCACCACCGGCUGGGGCAAGACCAAGUACAACGGUGAGCGUGAGCGUGAGCGUGAGCGUGAGCGUGAGCGUGAGCGUGAGCGUGACGUGAGCGUGAGCGUGAGCGUGAGCGUGAGCGUGAGCGUGGCUGCGGCAGCGGGCGCUGUGGGCGGGCUCUGCGCUGGGCGUGGCCCAGCCAUCAAGACCCCCGAGAAGCUGCAGCAGGCCACCCUGCCCCUCCUGUCCAACGCUGACUGCAAGAAGUUCUGGGGUAACAAGAUCACCGACGUGAUGGUCUGCGCCGGGGCCAGCGGCGUGUCCUCCUGCAUGUUGCCACCCCGGGAGCUGCUGAGGAUCCUGACCCCUGACCCCGCAAACGUGUCCCGCACCUGGUGCGGGGUCCCCGCCAUCCACCCCGUGCUCAGCGGCCUGUCCAGGAUCGUCAAUGGCGAGGACGCCGUCCCUGGCUCCUGGCCCUGGCAGGUGUCCCUGCAGGACAGCACCGGCUUCCACUUCUGCGGGGGCUCCCUGAUCAGCGAGGACUGGGUGGUCACCGCCGCCCACUGUGGGGUCAGAACCUCCCACCGCGUGGUGGCCGGAGAGUUUGACCAGGGCUCAAAUGCUGAGAACAUCCAGGUGCUGCAGAUUGCCCAGGUUUUCAAGAACCCCAAGUUUAGCAUGUUCACCAUCAACAACGACAUCACCCUGCUGAAGCUGGCCACCCCCGCCCGCUUCUCCGAGACCGUGUCUGCCGUGUGUCUGCCCAACGAGGCCGACGACUUCCCCGCCGGCUCCCUGUGCGCCACCACCGGCUGGGGCCUGACCAAGCACACCAAUGCCAACACCCCCGAGAAGCUGCAGCAGGCCACCCUGCCCCUCCUGUCCAACGCUGAGUGCAAGAAGUUCUGGGGCAACAAGAUCACCGACCUCAUGGUCUGCGCCGGGGCCAGCGGUGUCUCCUCCUGCAUGGGCGACUCUGGCGGCCCCCUGGUGUGCCAGAAGGACGGAGCCUGGACCCUGGUGGGCAUCGUGUCCUGGGGCAGCGGCACCUGCUCCACCUCCAGCCCCGGCGUGUACGCCCGCGUCACCGAGCUCAUGCCCUGGGUGCGGGGCAUCCUGGCUGCCAACUGA